GUCAAGUGCAAAAAGAAAAUAUUUUUCUUUGAGUUUUCUUCGAUUUUAUUGGGAAAAAAUGUCCGUGGAUAAGGAUUUGGAGACUAAAGUUAGGAAAACUAGCGAGAAAAUAUCAGAAAACAUGCACAUUGUGGCGAAUGAACCAAGUCUGGCAUUUUUUCGUAUCCAGGAGCACGUCCGGAAGGUCCUCCCGUUGAUUGUGGACCGCAGAAGUGAGGUAGUUCAGUUGCAGCAGGACCUACAGGGUCACUGCUACGACAUGGAGUAUGCAAUUGGGGCGAUAAAGUCCAUUGAGGCGUCUGAGCAGAGUUUCCAGAACAUUCACGAACUCCUCAAGAAUGCCAUCUUCCUGAAGCAGCAGCUAAAGUACGAGGAAACGAGGAGAACGAAGAAGGAGCCCAGUAAUAGUUCAGUCUACAAGAGACUCUCUGCGCACAUCACACUGGAACUACCGGAUUUACCGGAUAUUUCAGGAGUUGUCCGGGAGACGACCAAUCGGGUGGAGAAUAUGAUGUCCCACGCAAGGAAUUCCUCAUCUUCAGCUGCUGUGCCCACAAAUGGAGCCACAUAGCUGCAGAGAUCUCACACAACGUUGCAUUAAUCGUGAGAUUUAGGUAGUUUUAUUGAAUCAAUCUGAAAAAGAUUAAAGAAGCGGAAGAUUUGUCCGGGAAUCCCUUCCUGGACAGAUGAUUUAAUUUAUUUGUGAUUUAUUUUUAAUUAAGUUAACUGUGAAAGCUAAUAAAAUUGAUUUUUUUAAUGGAUAAAUUGAUUUUUAAU